AUGGCAGGAGAGACUCAGCGAAUGUGUGCAGUCAAAGAACUGGAUGCUGAGUCCAAACAGCAGGAUGAGAGGACGGCGCUGGAGCAGCAGACUGACAAAACGACAAAAGAGUCUUCGGAGCACUUUUCAAGCACAGGCACUGAGGCCAGACUCAGCAGCAGACUGGCCAAAGCUGAAAAACUAGAGAAGGAAAGGGACUGUCCUCAACAGCGGGAAGCUGUCAUACGACCACAGCAAGCAGGGAAGAUUGACUUCAGAUCACUGCAGAACAGUUCAAAAUUUGCCACUGACAGGACUUGGUCAAGUGGGAAAGGCAGUCCCCAGUCACCAAGUGGAAAAGGCCGCAGCCGAGAAAAGGCAAAGCGGUCAGGAAAGACAGAGCGUGGCAACCCACAGCAGCUGUACAGACUAAGCAUUACAAAUCCACGCACCAUUGGUAUUGCCUACCCGCAGCAGAAAGUUUUGCCACCCAAGAAGUUGGAAACCAGUUGUGGCCCAGUCUCGGGCAGCUACAGAUUCCACGUUCCCAGUAUACCAGAGAGAGAGGUUGAACUGCAACAAGAAAAGCUCAACUACAGUCGCUGCUUCCAGGAGACUAAUAUUACCUCCCCAAGCUUUACCUCACUGGCACUGGGUUCCUCAAGUGGAACAUCAUCCCAUUCACAUCAACCCCCGUCACAGCAACAGCAGCUGACUUCAAUGGAGAGCAACAGCGCACAGCCUGGUAGUCAGCUGAUUCUGAGUGACUUUCAGCUGAGUGGCUCUAAUACAUGGCAGUCUCCUGAGAGGACUUUUAAUGGCACUAGCUAUGGGGUUUCACCACAAAAAUCCACUGCCCUCUCAGAAACCAGUAAGGCUAAUGCAUUUGUGCCUGGUCCAUUUCAAUAUGGAUAUCACUUAGUGGAAGAAUCAACCUCUGACUCUUUUCCCUGUGAACAGAACCCCCAUUCCCAAGACUUCCCAAACUCUUCUCUAGGUUCUGUUCAUGUUAGCCACAACUCUCUUUCCUUUACCCCCGUAGAAGGGCAAAACAUUGCUCAGAAUAGCACUCAGUUCAGUAGUGAAAGCCCGCCAGAGGAUAGAAGCUCUUAUCCCCACACCCCACAUUCACAAUUUAUUCAAGGGGUGGCAUCAUCAAUUCAGUGUCCCAGGAAUCUGAGUGAGGAUUCAGCCAGUAGUGACAGCUCUGGCUCCAACUCACAGCAGUCAGAACAGGGGAAGACUACCCUGCCUGAGAGUACAGACACUAUUGUACAGGCAGACAAUCGGGAUGCAACCAUCACUGUGGGGAGUAAGAGAAACUGUCACCCCAAAGACACAGCUGCCUGCCAAAGAACACUCAAUCAAGGAGGUGUGCAUGCAAGAAAUAUUUCACAAGGUCCUGGCUCCCCAAUGCACUUUCCCAACAGAACAUAUAACAAUCCUUCAGUUAGUAACACACGCACAGCCUCAAUGCCUUUUGAAAAGAACAUUAGCAGUAAGGUUGUAAAUAGGUUACCACACACAUGGGAAGGAACUAAUAAAGCCUUUUCAACAGCUGAUCAGAACAUAAUUCAGUACACUGAUAUGAAUGAGAAGUUCCAGUUUCAGAGCCAGACAGCUAUUGACCAAAGGCCAAAUUUAUCUAAAGUUAGCAGGAUGCCCUGGCAGCAAAUACGGCCAACCUCUGCCAUGACAAACCCAAACAGAAUAGAGUUAUCAAGGCAAAUAAGCAAUCAGAAACUGGCUUACAUAGUUUCCCCUUCUGACUGGCAGGAAGAGAGCAAAUCACAUAAGCAAAACCCCUUAAAAGACCCCAACUUGUUCCAAAACAGCAGAAGUAGCGAUGGGUUUUCAAGCCAAAGGCAGGAAACUGUAAAACAUAAUAGUAACACAGUCUCAACUUUUAAAGUAGAGAUGAGCCAUGCAGAAGUAUGUGACUCCAAAAGUAAAACUGUGUACUUUGGACUCAAUCAGUCUCUUCCAGCAGCACCAUCAAGAAACUAUAGCUAUCCACCAUUACAGGUUCCACCUAUGGGCCUUAUGAUGGUGUCACCAUAUGAAUCCCCACUGCCCUCCCCAGUUCAUAACCCUGCAUCUAGUAGUACUUGCUCCUCCAUCUCCCCAGCAUCCACCAGCCCGGUUAACAUCAGUUCAGAGGACAGUCAGAUGUCAAAAUCAGCUCCCCCUCAUCCAUUCUAUCACCAGCCCCAAAGUAAAACCCAGCUUCCCCCAGAUCACCUGAGCACGCACCCACAUCAGUUUCAUCCUGAUGCUCCACGAACCCUUCCCUAUGCACCUGACAGAGCCAAAGACGACAUGAUGAGCUACCUGCAAAACAGCACACCUCCAAAGACAACUAUGGAUGGAAACAAAGGUUAUAUGGAUAGUUUUGGGAUGGAGCACCACCAGCCUCCACCACCAUACUCUGCACAUCAGCUGUUAGCCAGCUCACUAGCCACAGCAAAUCUUGAUCAGUUAGAUGUGCUGCUGACAUGCAAACAAUGUGAUCAGAAUUUUAACAACCUGGCUUCUUUUUUAAGUCACAAACAAUACUGCGCUCAGCACGCAUUUGCACACAAUGACCUCAAAGACAUUUCAAAGAUAGAGGACAACAGGAAGUUCCAUGCAGAGCCAGUUAAAGCAGUAUCCACAGUGUCGAAUGUUUCUCUGUCAAGGUGUCCAUCUGAUCUUCACCUCUCUUUGUUGGGCCUCAAUAAAAAUGGAGAAUUGAUGUCUGACAGUGAAACAAAAGGAGACAAUAAAGAUGAUCCACUGAAACUCAGCUUGUUUUCCGGUCCAGGUAAUCUCCCUGUCCCUCUCCCAGAGCUGGAAAUGGAGGAUGCCAAAUUAGACAGCUUAAUCACAGAAGCUUUGAAUGGAUUGGGAUAUCAGUCAGACAAUGCAGAGAUAGACAGCAGCUUUAUUGAUGCAUUUGUUGAUGAUGACCUCACCACUGUCAAAACAUCAUCAAACAAGCAAUGUCUGAAAACAAAAGAAUCCCUGAUUUUUGAGAGCAAGAAUAAACAAGCCAUCAAUGACAGAUCUUUCACACAAGGACAGUCUUUUUAUGACUCUGAUGUUGAGAACCACGAAAAAGCAUCUAUGAAUUUGGAAAAAGAUGAGAAAAUUAACAUUAAAAAAGAAGUCUCUCAUAAAAAUUCAAGACUUGCCUCAAGGGAGAAGACGUGGGAGCAAGAGAGCAAAGUGAAAGAGGCAAGAAAGCUGUGUAAGAGUGAGGAGGAAAACACGAGCACACAAAGGUUUCUCUUAUCUAGGAAGUUUUCUGAGCAUUGUGGCGUGAAAAGCUUUCAGGACAACGCUGCACUUCGAGGCUCAGCACCCUCACAGGCCUCCACAUCUCCAACCUCAAGAGCAGCAGCUAAAGAAAGCAAGAGGAAAAGCACUGGAGGGGGAACCUGGAGCAAAGAACUUAUUCACAAAAUAGUUCAGCAGAAAAAUAAACUCCACAAGCUCCAUGUCAAAGGUACCAAAAACCUUCAGUUUUCCUUGGUUAUGGAAAGACUAACUCCCACAGUGCAGAACCCUGCAUUUGGGGAAUACGACUAUGUCUCAGACUCAGAUGAUGAAUGUGAGCCCGUAAAGAUAGCAAGCCAAGGCCGACUGAAUCAAAGUAGUCGCUGUAAAUACACAUACACUAAAGAGUGCAAAUGGCGAGCAAGGAGCGAGAGAGAUCAGGCAGCAUGGAGGCAUGAAUCAAAGGAGUGUUUUGAGGUGAAAAAAAGUGAGUUGUCUCUGUCCCCAGAGAAACAAGGUUCUCACCAAAGACUCAGGAGGAGAGGGAGCAGGUCAUCCACAAGCAGUGACCUCAGCACAUCUGUGAGUGCUUCAAGCGAUAGCAUCAACAGCCCCAAAAGCACUGACCGCACUGAUUCUGAGAGCGAGAAGAAGACAGACAAAAAGAAAGAGUCUUCAGAGCAGAAAACCAAUGACAGAUCUUCCCCACAUAAGGUAUUUAAAGAGUCCAGCACAUUAGCACUGACAUUCACUAAAUCCAUCAAGAAGUAUAAUACAGACAAAGCCAUUCAUUCUGAUAACAAAGACAGUUCAGAGGAUACAAAGAAGUAUCAUGCAAAUCCAGAAGUUGCUGAUUCAGUGUCAUCCUCACAAAAAGCAAGAGACCAACUGAAGAACUUUGAAAAAAGAGGAAGCUCUCAUACGAAAUCAAGAGACAAACUUGCAUCUCAUAAAAAGGAAGCGGGCUCAGUUGGCUGUUCAGACGGAAACACCCUACAGAGAACAGACAAUCUGUGCACCAAAGAACCAGCACAGAGCAGCAGCACAGAGAACAAGACACUACUGUUUGAUUCACACUCUCGCACCGGUGAGAGUGAUUUUAAUACUGACAGAAACACAAAGGACAAAAGAAGAGAGGUGCCCCAAGCCACACAGCCAGAGCUAUCAGCCACCACCACAUUGGAGAAAGAGAGUGAUAAUGUCUGCAUGGGAAAAGAGGCUAUUGCUUUAGUCAAUGAUUUAGACACGCACAAGUCUGCACCUCUUUGCACAUCUUUGAUGGAUGAGGUGUGCCUGUCCCCACCAGAAAGCCAAAAAGAUGCUCUCCAUCUCAUGCCCUACCCUCUGGAUCAGGAGCAAGGGCUCAUGAAAUCCCCACUUUCAUUUGACACCUCAUCGAUGUUUGGGGAUCUUACUGGAUUUGAUAGUGGGCUUUACUCUGAAAUGCCCAUUCAGAAAGAUGGUUUUCCUUCAAUUGAGAACACAGCUGGCAAAAAGGAAGAGUUUGCUUCUUCUUUCUCCCCCUUUCUGGAACAAAGAGACUGGACUCUCAUUGUUAGUCCUGUGCUACCAGAUGAGGUAUCUCAGUACAAAGGCAAUUCAGAAAAAUUAAAUGAAAAGAAGCCAGAUUAUGAUCACAUUCCUUUGUCUCUGCCAGAAAAAAUAAUUGACUACAGCACAAAUCUCAACAGCUGUGCAUCAGAGGACGAGCUGGAGAUAAAGAGAAUAGUAAAUGAGCUUGAAAACCAGUUGCAAACAACUAAGUUGGAAAGCCCACCACUACUGGCUCAGAAUGUCCCCAAAGAGCUGCAGAUGAGUAAAUUUUCACCCUUACGACUGGGUGAUGAGUCCAAGAACGAAGCCAAUGGUUUGAACAGGAAGUGUUCAGCGCAAACAAUCGAUGCAUCAGUUUUAACAAUGCCUUCAGAGCCUUUCACUCAACCAGCACUCCCAUGGCCAAGUGCAUUCCAGUUUGAGCUAAUGGAUGAGCAUCACAAUGCCCAUGCUCUUCACAAUCAACCACUUAAACACAAACAACUCCAGCCUGACCAAAAAUCAGAAAAAAGAUGUUCUGAAAAGGAGACUUCAGCAGAAACAAAGGAGGAGAUUUUAGAACAGAAAAGAUACACAGAAAAUCUCAUGAGAAGCCUGGAGGUAAUUUCAGACUCUAUAUUCAAAAAAGAACCUAUUAUAUCAGUACACAAAAAGCCAAAUGUCAAUGCUCUCACAAGUCAACAUCACGAGGAAAGUGAAUGUCAGGCCCCUGAUGCAGUUAAGAGAGAAGAUCACUGUGAAAAGGAAGCAAUUACCGGAAAGGAGAACAUUUCAUCACUUCCAAAUAUCAAUGAGCCGAAGAAUGAAAUUGAAUUCAUUCUCAAUGAGUCACAGCCAUCUCUCUCCAAAAAGACUGACCCUUCAGUCAGCAGCAACAAACCAAUUUCAUCGCAGCCAAGUGAACUCACAGAGAACGGGAAUUACAUGGCAGAGACCAAAGCCGCAUCAGAGGAGGACAUCACUGCAAAUAGUCAUUUGACUGAGGCCUCUCGCUGCUCAAGUGUUGUGACAAGUGACCUACGAGAGGUCGAAAGGUCCUGCAGAAACAGUAAUGCAGAAGACAGUGAUCAUGACCUGAUUAAAAACAAUAGUGAUGCCAGAGAAUAUUCACCUACAGAUGGCUAUGAGGAAGCAGAGGCAGUGAAGGGAAUCACUUAUAAAUCUGAGGAUUAUCCUUCAUCACCAGCUCUUGCUGACCCCAUUCGAGAUAUUGGCGAGAAAAUGACAGAUGUGAUCACUGGAAUGGCAGCAUUGGAAAAGCAAUCUACUAAUGAGCAUGACAAUCAUCAAGACAUCAGCUCAUCACAUCCUGGGGAACUGGCAGUGCAAUAUUCAGAAAAUAUUACUGAAGAAAUAACUGUGGAAACAUCAAAACAAGAUCCUUUAACUCCACUUUCUUCCUCUAAAAACCCCAGUCCCUCAAAUACAUCCAGUGAAACAAAUCUUUCAGUACAGAUAGUUACCACAGACAAACCCUGUAGUCCAAUAAUCGUGGAAACCAAGACAGAAAGCUGCUGCUCACCCCUCCAUGACAUCCAAUCUACAGAGGGACAAAGCAGUCUGUUGAUCCUGUCACAGUCUGAUGGCAUCAUUAACACUGAUCCCUGCAAAAUGACUCCAUUUAAUGACUCAUUAGAAACUGGGGUAGGUCUCGUCUUUGAGCCUACUCAGAAACAAGAAGAGAUUUUGAAUGUUCAGGACAUUAAAGAGCAUCUUCCUGCUGAUUUCAUGGCAAGUGAACAAAACUCCCCAUGCAGAGAGGAGGCAGAAGAAAGUCACUGCAUCUUUUCAGACUUUGUUCCACCAAUUAGUCCUCUGUUAUCGUCUCACCAAAAAGCAGUGCCGAAAUUGGCAAUACAACAGGAGUCAUGUGAGUCCAAAAAGAAAUGCAAUAAUAAAUCAACUGAUCAAGGCUCAAUUCAAAAUGCAAAAUCUCCCAUAAUCAAAGAUGAUAGCCAAAACAUCAAAGAGGCUGAAAACAGUGGCACAACAACUGAGAUUGACUAUUCUCAAAUAAGCUCACCUCAGUUGGACUUGAGAAUCAUGGAGUGUAAAAUUCCCAACUCUGAAACCAUCAUCCCCUCUCCACUUCCUGUAAACAACUUGGCUGAACUAUCAGAGGUGACAGUCAGCCUUGAAAAAAGUGAUCUGAUGUAUGGUUUAAAGCUCAGCCCUCUUAACUACAAUGGCAUCACAGAUCAACCUCCAUCACUGAAUCAAUAUGACUACAUACCAAUAUCACCUGCCAGUAAACCUGAGGAGAACCUAGACACCAAGCAGAGACCCAGAGAGGACUAUGACUCCUGUGACUUGAGUGUCAACCCUGCACUGAUUUUUAACCAAACCAAGACCGCUACGACAGUACCACUGAACUCAGACCCUACAGCUAAACUAGAUCAAUUAGCUGAACCACUGGUCCUACAGCAGAGUAUGAAGUUCACAUGUUUUGCUCUGGGUCUCCCAGAUGAAGUCAAAGGAACAGAUUCAUCAUCUGUUAAUGUAAAUAAAAGCUUGGAGAUUUUCCAUGAUCCAGUUGAACCUGUUGAGCAUUUGCAUACACAAGCUGACCUUAUGAGUGAAGCUGAAACCAAGAGGUUAGAUUCUCAAGAACCUUCUACUGAUGAGGUUGAUCUUCUCAAAACAGAUUUUUCAGAUGGCCCAUCCACUCCGCAACUACUCAUCAUCUGUGAAAAUGAGCAAAUGCCCCAUCCUCCAGAACCAAGAGAGAAGCUACCAACAAUAGAGCUUGGCCAGUGUUUAACAAAUCAUCAGACCAACAAAGAAACAACGCAAAAAAAGACACAAAGCAACACUCAACCGGGUAAAGUGCUCUGUGAGAUAUGUUUAAUGUGUUUCAGAACUGUGCCAGGCUUAAAGAGACACAAGGCCAUGAAGCAUUUGGUCAGAGUUGAAAAACACACUGGCCCACAGAGCACAACAUCAAGCCAUCAGGGGACAAUGCUUGUUUAUGAAACACAAACUACAGAGAAAAAACAUAAAGAUGAUUCACAGGCUUGUUUCCCAACAAAAAUUGAUGGAUUGCCUGAGAAAAGUAGCUGUCUCAUAUUGAAAACACCAGAGGCCGAGUCUGUCCUGGAGGAAGCGGCAACUGAGAUGAGUUCAGUGGCAGUAGAUGAGAUAGGCCAUCAAAACCCUCUGCUGUCAGUUAAGGCAAAGAAGAGCAACAAAGCUAGAAAGAACAAAAACAGCGGGCUAAAUCCUGACCCUUUCUCUGAUGAGCUUCUGAAUAUAUUAAAAACAGACAUACUUCAAGCUAUAACUCCCGAAUUCAAAAGCACUGCACUACAAGAGCAGCACAAAUCCCCUGCAGUAAAAAUCAAUGACAGAACUGUUGCUGGAAAAGAGGAAUGCCCUAACCAUGGUACUUCAGAUUCUGCUUUUGACCACACAGCCACAUCUCCUUCAAAAGAACCAAAUGUAAACAAUGAAACUGUGGAGCUAAAUCAGAUUGCUGACACCGAAGUGAUGACAUGUGCAAGUGUGACAAAGAUGGUGAAUUUGGACGUUUGUGCAGAUAAUGUGGAAAGUGCAUCUGCUGAGAAGGAGAUUAUGACAGAAGGCGAUGAGUCCAGAAAGACACUGUGCACUGUGAGGGAGAUGUGUGAACUGAAAGGAACAGAGGACAUCCUUGCCCAGGAGAUUCUUAGAAAAGUGUCAGCAGAGAUAAAAUGUGAGAAAAACAGGAGCCCUGCAGAUAAUGUACAUCAUCUCUCCUGUUUGAAUUCCUCCCCUCUCAGUCCACCUAGCAUUAGCCCUGAGCUGAGAGCCUUACUAGAUGAUGACACCACAUUCUCGCAGCUGUUCCCCAGAGAUGAGGAUGCCAAAAGAAAAAAGUGCCCCAGGGUUUAUAGCAAAAGAAACAAAAGACAGAAGUUAUCCCCUCAUACAGAUGUGACCACAGACAACGUACCUCCUGAAACCUGUAUCCAAAAUAAAGAUCAGUUCAUGGAAGCUCAAAGUGAGCAGACAUUUAGUGACAAUCAAACUAACCACUGUGAAUAUGAGACCAUUUCCAUUGACGAUGCCAUCAUGUUGAACAUGUGCCACAACAGCACUUUAAAAGCUGAUGGUGAACCAUUGACAGAGGUUAAGCCAAGUGAGCAGGAGGAUGUUCAUGAGGUUAUCAGAGAGCUUGGCAACAACCCUUUAAAUCCAUUGGAAAGAAGUGUUGAUAAAUCUACAACUGUUUGGAAUGGACCCAGUGGAUUUGAUGCCUGCUCAACAGCGGGCUCUGAAUCUAACAUUUGUAAGCCAGAAGUGCCAACUGUGCCCUGCCCUCUGCCUUCACCAGCUGCUCCGUACACCGUUGAGCCACGUGUUGCAGAUGGAGGCCAAACCUUCCACAGCAUUGACAUCCAAAACAUCAACACCACCUUUCAGCUUCCUGAGAUUCAGUUCUUUGAUUCAGAUAAAGAUAUCUCAGUAGCUCCUCCCCUUGAAAGUACAGAUCUGGAGAGCAGAGAUGAUGACAAGUCAAAGAAAGUCACAGAGCGGCGAGGCCGGAAACGGCAAGAUGGGGGAUUAAAGGUCAAAGAUAAGCAGUACAAGUGCAAAGUGUGUUUCACUUGGUUCCUCACCCUGGGUGAGCUGAACUUUCACAAACUCUCCCACAACCCCUCUCCACCUCCAACGUGUUAUAUGUGCGUCCAGCGCAAAUUCAGCUCCAGAGAGCAACUGAGAGACCACCUGAGGGAGAAACAUGCCAAGAACAAGACAGGUAUCUGGACCUGUGGAAUGUGCCUGAAGGAGAUAUCAGAUGUGUGGAUGUACAAUGAACACUUACGAGAGCACGCUACUCAGUUUGCCAGGAGAGGUCAGACUCAAGGCUCUAUGUUAGGCAUUUCAGGCUGCUUUAUGCAAGAGACAGCGGUGAAGAACUUCCUCUCCUCAAUCAUGCAGCACCGCUCCACCAAAGCCAACAGAGAGUCCAGCAAAACUACUAAAGAACAGGAAAAAGCAGCAUCUGCAGACGUCACUGCGAUCGAGGGGAAAAGCUCAGAAGGUGCUGAGCCAAAGCUACACAAAACUAAAAGCAGCAGUGGAGCAAGUGGAAAGCAGAACACACUAACCCCACUUGAGGUCCUUCACAAAACAGAGACACCCAAAAGUGUGGAGAUGCAUCCCAACUGCAAAGACCCCUCAAGAGACUGCCACCACUGUGGGAAACAGUUCCCAAAACCAUUUAAACUCCAGAGACAUUUGGUGGUCCACAAUUUAGAGAAGAUUUUCCUGUGUCACAAAUGCCCUGUCUCUUAUCAGGAGGCCCAGGAGCUCAAAGAGCAUCUGAAGAGUGCCCAUGAGGAGGUGGAUGAGCUGGAUUCAAAGCACACCACCCUUUACACCUGUGAGCUGUGUGCUGAUGUAAUGCAUGUGAUUAAAAAAUCCUUCAUCUGCAGCACCUGCAACUACACCUUCUCUAAGAAAGAGCAGUUUGAUCGUCACAUGGAAAAGCACCUGUCAGGAGGGAACAAAAUCUUCAAAUUCCGAGGCGUUCUUAGACCUGUCAAAGUAUCUGCGUCCAAAGAAAAUGAAUGUGAUUCACCUGCAAGUAAGAAAAGGAGAAUUCUCUCUGACAGCCUGCCAGAAAACAGCUCAGACAGCGGCAUUGCCAGUGUGAGCUCUCUACACUUAAAUCAGAGCGCUGACACACAGUCUUCAAAACCCUCAGUGUCCACAGCUGACGACUCCACACAGACGAUCUCAAAUGAAUACCACAGUGAUACAAAUAAUACAAAUGUGAAGACUGAGGAUAUUGCAGAGGACUACUCUGAACUACUUGUAGAAUUGGAGAAAUGUAUUCAUCUGAGCUCAUCAACAUCUGUUACACCCAAGGAAGAGGAAACUGACCAGACUCCUUUGCCUAAUCUUGAUAAGGAGGGCAAUAGAAAAUCAGUUAGUGAAGAAUGUGAUGUGAAAAAGGAGAAUGAAUCAGUCUGUAUGAGAGAGGAGUCAAUGUCGUGGGCAGCAUCUAAAGAGAGUAGUGGCGCAGAGGAAGAGAUAUUUAAAGCAAAGGAAGGUGACACUACUGAAACUGAAGGGAAAACGGAUUUGCCUCCAGCUAGUGAGAACUCUUUCUUCAGCUUAACAGAAAAUCAAAUCCUUUUAGAGACACCUGAGUCUGCAAAGCAUGAAUUAGCUGUUGAUGAGAUGAGCCAGCCAAGGGAUGAUGAGCAGUGGGAUCACACGUUGUCUGUAAAUGACGGUGUGCAGGAGGUAUUAUCUCAUUGCACUGAGCUGGAAAGUAGCAGUCAGAUUAAAGAUAAUGUUUCCCUAGCAUCAACAACUGACAACACCAAAAACUGCACAACAACUAGCAGCAUAAAGGGUACAGAAUCCACUCCAGUCCUCCACUCAAAGCUUUCCCUUAGCACUUCGGCCUCAAAUGAGGACAAGGACUCUGUGAAACCACAGAAGAAGAGGAGGGACAUGAAAUCCCCACACAUUCUGCAACGGGUUUCCUCUCCAGCCACGCAAGAGAACUUUGUUGUUGAUUCCAAAGUCAAAAAGAAAUUUCGCCCGAGCAAGUGUGCAAAUACCUCUUUGCAAAGGAAGUCAGAUGGAGCCACUGAGUACCCUGUGCUGUCCUCAGUAAGGGAUGAUGUUGUUAGCAACAAAAUUGUUUCCAAGUGCAAGACUGUAAACUUGAGUUUGCAGCAAAAGAGAAGUUUGCUUGACAGCUGUGCCCAAAAGAAAACUGAAAUUGUUACCUCUCAGAACGGGGAUUAUAAAGCCAGAAAGGGACCUCUGGGGAGAUCUCUGCAUCCUUCUGUAUCUAAAGUGUCUUCAGUUCCUAUGAACAAUUAUUUGAAUAAACCAAAGCCAAAGAUGGGGGUUCGGUCAAUGGACAGUCACUCCUACAGGACAGCAGAGUCCCAGAACAAUCUUCUGAGUCAGCUCUUUGGCCAAAAACUCACUAGCUUUAAGAUUCCUUUGAGGAAGGACACAUCAGAAUCUAUUAACUGAGGGGGGAAAAAAGGGAUCUGUGAAUAAAAGACUGUACAUUUUCACAGUUAUAAAUGUUUAAGAGAAUUUAUUAUGGUGAAUGAGAUUGCACAGCUCUUUUCUGUGAAAUGCUAUCUUUAAAUACUUACAUAGUCACUUUAUGUCUUCUUUGUACAUGUAUUUUUAUUACACAAAUGUGAGGGCGAAUGGCAGAUAUGAGUUUUGGGUUAAAAAUGAAUAUUUUGGUUGGGGAAAUCAUUGAACUUUUGAGAGAUUAUUUUUCAUUUACCUAAAGGAGACAAAAAAAGAAUACUUGAAAACACAGUUACGUAUGUUCCUUUAAGAAAUGCAUGUUCAUUUUCCCUUCAUUACAUGAUUAACUGUUUUUCCAAAAGGACCAGAAUGAUGUCAUAACUGACUUGGACUAUUGUCUGUGCACCUUCUAUACAUGCUUCCAACAUAUUCACGUUGUACUUUUUAAACUUUACUGUACUGCAUUGACAUUCAUCAUUAUUAGCCUUUUGUAUAAACAUUACCUGGUGCUACAUUGUGUUGAAUUGUAAUGUGAAUGCUAAUGUCCUCAGAAGGGAACAUGAGAUCUGUAGCAGUUACAGUACACACAUCCAACUGUUUUUACUGGUUUUCUGUACUUUAUUGAAUAUACUGUGCAAACCAUCCAAGUCACAUGUAGGCUGAUAGAACUCAUAAUUAGGAAAGCUUCUGUUUUAUAAACUCAGGUGCAUACAAGGACAUCACAGUCCCAAGACCUGUAUUUGGAGUUCUUCCCUUGCACUGAUAAUACCACACACAAAUUAAAAACUCAUUAAUCUGUGUCUUUAACUCCAAAUGUUUAAUUAUUAAUAGUAUUUACUUGGACAACAAAGGUGCUUUAUCUUGUUUAUACUGUAUGUAUCUUAUAUUGUAUUAUAUUGUAGGUAGAUUAUUGUUUUGGUGUAAUGCUUCAUGACAAAGUUUUAUUUUAAUAAUGUGCAAAAUGAAUCAAAUUGAAAAGAAUGGGAAUGCAGCACCUCUUGCAAGUUGUACAGUGGUUCACUAAGUGCCUGUUUUACAGUUGGUCAUUAAAGAUCUGAAUUGGUCUCUCCUCGCUCUUUUCUUCCUUUGUUCAUGGAAUGUUUUUGCAAAUGUUCCUGCUUCCCUGCGGACUGCAUCUGUCACCACAUGCAUCAAACAGUAGAAGCAGUGGAAGCAGCUUGUGCCUGGAGGCAAAAAACAGGUGCACACACAACAAGGUCUGACUUCAUUUUUUCCCCCUCAGAUGAGCACUUCAGUGAGCUCACUCAUCAUCUGAAAGAUGAGCAUAAAUGUAUCUUUACUACAGGGAAACAUUUAACAAAAGACAGAUACAUUCAUACAACCAUAUGUCUGUCUCCACAAGCACAGUUGAGCAGGCGGCCAGGAGCUCUCACGUCUGUCA